AUGCCUCGCACCACUAUUCUCGAGGUUGACAUAUAUGAUAUGUGGGGCAUUGAUUUCAUGGGUCCGUUUGUAAGCUCUUGUGGCAACACGUACAUUCUUGUGGCCGUUGAUUAUGCUUCAAAGUGGGUUGAUGCCAUGGCUUUAACCAAAAAUGAGGCCCGUAGUGUUGUGGCCUUUCUCAAGAAGAGUAUCUUUACUCGAUUUGGCACUCCUAGAGAAAUCAUUAGUGAUGGAGGGUCUCAUUUUUGCAAUAAGGCAUUUGACACUUUCCUUGCAAAGUAUGGUAUCAAUCACAAGGUUUCUACCUCUUACCAUCCUCGAGAUAGUGGGCAGACAAUGGUUAAAUCUAGAGGAGAUGGUGACAAACAAAAGGGUAGAGUAGAGUCCUCUCGGGGUAAGGGACGAGGCAUGAUUAAAUUAACCUCAGAAGUUCGAAAAGCAAUUGGGGAAACCAGAAAAAUCAUCAGAGUUGUAGAUAGAGUUGCUUCCCAUUUUGAGGGAAGUGAGUACUUGACCUCCCGGGAGGCAUCUGAGUCUAAUUCAGUGCCAGAGUAUGUACCCGACUUCCCGGAGAGGAAUCUGUUGAGAGAUUUACCCACACCUCCAUACUCUCCUACCGCUCGUGCUUCAGUUCAUGUUUCUUCUAAGUCGUUUGAGGGCUCGGCAGAGAGCAGUGAUAGUUCAGCUUCAACCUCACCUACACCUUCGCACCUAGACAUGAUAUAG